CCCUACCCAAAAUGAGAGAAACCAGUCUACUUUUGAGAAAAGAAUUUAUCUUUGAACUAUAUAUAACCAUUGGUAACUAAUGUUUGAGUUCAUCCAACGGUCCAAAGCACAUUGUGCUAUAUUCGGUACAAAGUAUUGGAUUUCAAUCUUCAAAUUAUUCUGGUAAAAGGAAUUCUGUACGUAUUUUAAUUUUGAACCCACGAAAGCUGUAUUUUAAGAUGGUAUUUAUUAUUUUUUGGAUCAGACUUCAUUAAUAGACAUGUCUGUAAUUGUAAGCCUUAAAAUGUAACAGUGUGUAUUGGUACUUUCAACUCCCUCUCUUAUUACCAUUCCAACUUCCAAGGCAAGUUAAGUAGUCCUGGGCUAAAACUGCAACCCUGCAGCAAACAGCAGCCAUUCAUCUCCUGCCUUUUCUUCUCUCUCUCUCUAUCUCUCUCAUGCCAUACCCAAACCUUCCAAACAGGCUCUUUUUACACUACACACAAACAGACCCUCUUCUCUCUCUCUCUCUAAGAAUAACCCAGCUGGACCAAAAUUUGUACAGAAGGAAAAAAAAAAGAAGAAAAGAAAGAUAGAAUUGGAAGGACGGGAAGAAGGAAAGAAGAUAUGUCUUCUAUUGUCCUCCAACCACUGCUCUCUCCCAAAGACAAACUCUACUUACCACAAAUGCCCUUCUGCGAAUCCCAUCUUCGUCACUCGUUCCUCCCCCUCUAUCUCCAAUCUUCAUGGGCCUUUUUGGGUUCUUACAUUCAAGGACUCCGCGGAAAGAGAGCCAAACCAAGAUACACAGAGCCAUCUCUCUCUAAAAUUACCUUUUUAUUGUUAUUAUUGGUAUUAUAUCCCCUUUCUCUCUCUCUCUCUAUUAUCUCAAAUAUUCUUUUCCUACUCUUAUUAGGUGAGCUUUUACUUUGCAGUUUUGUUUGGUCUCCAAGUUUUGGUCUUGGAAUUGUGGUUUUGGUGGGUUCUCAUCAAUCUUCAGUCUUGACCUUUAUAUCUCUAAAGGUCCCAAUUCGAAUAGGAUUCGUCUAUUCCCUGACUAUCGGUUUUAGGAUCGUAUUUAAAGACGCAAUUUUGGAGUAAAGGGCGAAAGGGGUUUUCAUUUGUGUUCAUUGGGAGCGCAAUGUUGAAGACUAAGAUGAAAAGGGUCGUCUCUAUGGAUCCUUAUCAAUCUCGUCCUAUCAAUGAAGAGGCUAGGGUUAACCUAAAAUAUCAAAUUUUAUUGCAGGAGUAUUUGGAACUGCAAAAGGAAUUCAUUUCAAAGAAGAAAAGAUUGCAGAAUGCAACAGUGAAUAGAGAAACCCUUUCGGCUGAAGUCCGGUACAAUCGCCCAAAGGUGAACAAGAAUUUGUACAGCGAAAAAAUUCAGAUAUACGUUUCUAUAAUGUUGGUGAAGCUGUUCCAAAACAUCAAUCUCCAGUUCUGGAAUGACGGAGAACGGAGCCUGGACAAGAAAGAACGUAUUGUGGAGAAGCGGCCAAAGAAUCGCUUGAUCAAUAAAUAA